AUGGCUGCACGGUUCGGGCUCGUCCCGGAUGUGCCCGGCUGCGCGGACGUUGAAGUUGUGUGUAGUGUGGCUGGGAGGCUCAGCAGGAUGGAAAUAGAUGCCCGCUUUCGCUAUUAUUUCCAGCACCCAUGGUCGCGUCUCUUCGUGGCCUACCUCGUCACCUUCUGUAACUUCCUCAUCUUCGCCGAGGACCCCAUCUCUCACAGCCAGACCGAGGCCCAUAUGAUCGUGGUGGGCAACUGCUUCUCCUUCCUGUUCAACAAGUACCCAGGUCUCGGAUUGAACACCCUGAAAGUAAUAUGCUGGACGCUGGCCAUCAUCAUCGGCAUGAUAGCCGGGAAGUUUAUAUUCCACCGCCGGCUCUUUGGUCGAUACCUGCGCCUGAAAAUGUUCCGCGAGGAUCACGGCUCUUGGAUGACCAUGUUCUUCAGCGCCAUCCUCUUCCUCUUCAUCUUCUCGCACAUCUACAACCUCAUCCUGCUGGUGGUUGGGAGCACGGGGCCUCACAUGGUGACAGAGUACAUGGGCAUCAGGAAUGAGAGCUUUAUGAAGAUUGCUGCCGUGGGGACGUGGAUGGGAGACUUUGUCACUGCUUGGAUGGUGACAGAUAUGAUGCUCCAGGAUCAGCACUAUCCAGACUGGGGCAAAGCAGCCAGGAGAUUCUGGAAACAAGGCAACAACAGGAUUGUUCUCUUCUGGGCGGUGCUCUUCUCUCUGACGUCGGUAGUGGUUCUGGUCAUCAGUACGGACUGGAUCAGCUGGGACAACCUGAACCGUGGCUUCCUGCCCAGCGAUGAGGUCUCCAGAGCCUUCCUGGCCUCCUUUAUCUUGGUCUUCGACCUUCUCAUUGUCAUGCAGGACUGGGAGUUCCCUCAAUUCAUGGGCGACCUGGAUAUGAAUCUACCAGGGAUGUCAACAACGCAUGUGAAGGUCAAACUCCCCGUCUGCAAGAGUAUCUUUAAAGAGGAGUACCACAUUCACAUCACAGGCAAGUGGUUCAACUACGGAAUCAUCUUCCUCGUGCUGAUUUUGGAUCUGAACAUGUGGAAGAACCAGAUCUUCUACAAACCCUACGAAUACGGCCAGUAUGUCGGGCCUGGUGAGAAGAUCUUCACAGUGGAGGAACCGGAAACCCUCAGGCUCUUCAACCGCAGCACGCUCACCUACGAGUGGCGCUCCACCAACAUCAACCCCGCCACCAACCUGAGCUACGUGGAGCGGGACAUGUUCCUGCACAGCCGCUACGUCGGAGCCAGCCUGGACAUCAAGUGCAUGGCCUUCGUCCCCAGUCUGGCGGCGUUCGUCCUUUUUGGCUUCUUCAUCUGGUACUUUGGGCGAUUUCAGGACAGUGAGACCUUCACGGAAAACCAGGAUAAAUCAUACGAGAGGAUAAAGAGGAAGUCGCCGUCUGAGUACAGCAAAGAAAUGGGUGUGACACCGGAGGAGACACAAAUGACGAUGAGCGACAGUUUGAGACGAUCGGGAACGCCCAUGCUUCUGUCAGUGGACGAGCCACAUUUCGGAGUGACGCCCUCCACAAACUCGACUAUCUCCAUGGAAACCCAAGAGACGCAUCCAAGCAUUGUGAUUGACAGUGCGGACCAGGAGGAACCAGCUGUCUCUUUUGACGUGCACAAGCUCUCUCCGUGA